AUGGAAGAGGUUAACGAACUUUUCGAAGACCUCAGGCCCCAGUAUCCAACCACCACCACCUCAAUCAAAAUUGGGGGCAACGACUACCAUAUCGAGCUGUCCGAAAUACCAUAUCUGGCAGCCUUUGCCAACUUUGAGAGAACAAAAGCCCAAAAUCAACAAAAGGAGCUUGUCCACGGUCCCAUCGCCCAUUUUGAUACAGCCCUAGAAGGGAUGGAAUUCGGCUUUCGCCAAUGCUUCCGAUCCAUUCCCCCAGAUCUUGCCCAACACCAUGCUCUCUGCGAGACGUAUGAGUUUCUAUGCAUUGAUGUUCUUGGUGGCAAAUCUCUCAACGAGAUCAUUGGCGGUCUGAAAACUGGCAGAAGAGUUCACAAAGGCGCGAGCAAAUCCUCAAAUUCGAUCAAGCGCGACAGGUCAAAGGCGCGCGACUCAGCCUUUCAGCUGCUGUAUUUUAUAUUGCGUGGCGAGUUUGAGGAUGAAAUGAAGGACAGCACAGAUGUUUAUAAUGCGGUGAUGUUCAUAGUCUCCCAUGCAGAUACUUUCCAAUGGAGAACGAGAAAGGUGGUUCGAGCUGCGUACGAAGAUCGAUUCGUUGUCUCGGUGAAGCAGAUAGCGGGCUUGAACAAGUGGGAGGAAGACGAAGAUGAAGAUGAUGAAGACGAUGUGAUGUCGGAGGAGGAGGAAUCUAUCUCCUCCGGUUAUUAUUCUGAUUAUGAUCCUUUUUAUAAUUAA